AUGUCGAUAGCCAUUUUGGGGAUACAUUUUUUCUAUUCGUCCACUGCUUAUACUGACUUAACUGUAGCGAGAGAAUUCGGUUUCAAAUGUCUCUUUCGACUUAAGAACAACACCAGUUUCAUCGAAAAUAAAAGGAUGGAAAAUAUGCGUUUAUUUUGGAAGCUCGACAAAGAGGGUACAUCACUAAAAUAUUUACUAGAUAAGGACUUCAGAGGUGAGAAGGGACUUGCUCCCAUAAUCACCGGCAAAGAUAACAGUCUUAAAAGCGAGUUAUGCCCC